GCAAUUCCUCAAAUAGUCAUACAGCAACUUAGCAUGAGCAGCCCAGCUGUCCAGAUGUUUUUCAGGUCCGUAUUACCAAUUCCCCUCUCAGGUAAGUGCUUAGGAUUUGAAAUACUGUAUAAAGUAAGUCUGAUCUAGGACAUCAGGGUACCGUUACAAAGAAUGAUCAAAAUAGCAAUUUUAGAUAAAAUGGUAUCAUUUCUGUUCAGAAUCAGUGCCCCAGUUCUUGAGUCCUAACAUUAACUGAUUGUGUCUUAUGAACAAAGUACUUGAUUGAUUUAUUGAUCAAAGGGUGUUUGUUUCUGAAGCCAUUAUCCACAUUUUUGGAUAGGCUGGUGUUCCUUCUCUCAGAUCUCUGCUUUAUCCCAUAGCCUCCCUGGUCAUUGUUAGUGAGGAGUCCGAGAAUGGAAUCCAGGUGUUUGAUUCCAAUGGGAAUUCUGUUGGAAUCUCCCAGGCAGCUGGAGCAAAGGUGAGAGGAAAAAGUUACUGAUGGAAAAUAAAAAGGAAUUAGCAGGCUUUUAAUAUACCUUUGUUAAUGGUUGUUGACAUGUUUCCUGGUUAGGCUGUGAAGGAGACUGCUUUUUCCAGAGCUGCGUUGUUAGGCACUACGGCUGCUUUUCCUAAUCUUCUUGUGUUCCUCUUGCAAAAGGAAGUCACCCGUCUUGUGCUGGGGCUGCAUUUCCCACUAUGACCUAUUCAAUUAUUUGAUUACAUUGUUACUUGAUGGAUAUAUUGUACAUUGUUUUGAUAUGAUAAAAUUAGCUAAUCCGUUUAUAAAUAAAUACUUGGUCAAACAGCUUUGUAAAUAUUGCCUAUGAUAUAACUAAUACAAUAGAUGUAUUUACCUAAAACUAUGCACAAAUUGAUCCCAUCUUUUUCUGUCAUUUCAGAGCAAGGUUUCUGCAAAGGAGGCCUCUGCUGGUGGCUCCUAUACAUCACAUCAGCACCGUUUGUCCUGGGCCUGAUGAUCCCAGUGUCCUUCAGUGUCUAUCCACAGCUUGGAAUGGUAGGACUUCGAUACAUUACAUUAAUACUGUAUUUACUGUGCAUUUCUCAAAACCCAAUCAGACUGCAACUCAACAUUGUUUCUUCUGCUUUACAGAUCAAAAAAAGGAAACUUGGAAAAAUAAUUACAGACUGCAGCAGUAAGUGGUCAACUAUUCUAUCACAGGGGGCUCUGAGGCACCGGCGAACAAGUACUACAGACUUCAAUGUGGGAGCAGGUGCACCAAAUUCG